CUAUAAUUUACCUCAGAGAGAGAGAGAGAAGCUCCGCUAAGCUUAUAAACGCAUAAAUAUUAAAUUAAUGCAUUUAUUUAAAUCUUCGCGGUUAUUAUAGCUUCACUACCGAAUGGGUCAGUGAUAGCCUGUAAUGGCUGAAUGCCCUGAGCAGGGUGUAUUUCUGACUUGGUGUUGGCUCUACCGUGACCAGAAUGGGGUUGAAUGAGGUGAGAUGUCAGUAGAGAGAGUAGGAGAAGUGCUGAGCGGGGUGGAGUCGUUACCCUCCUCUCCUCCACCUGCGUCUCUCCACCUUCCUAUCUGCCGUUCCCUUCCUCCCUCUCUACCCCUGUCCACCUCCUCCUCUCCUCUCUCGUCCUCUCGACAGGUCACCGCUCGCCUCUACUCCUCCCUCCAGCACAGCCGAGAGCAGGAGGCCAAAACUAGCGCCUCUCGUCACCUUAACUCCAGGCAGGUGUCGUUUAAGCUCUCCACUCCGUCGGUUACCGUGACGACAGCAGCACCCGGUCUGCGCUCCGAUAGGCUGGACGGCUCACAUGGAGUGGAACUUGAUCCUGAAGCCUGCUCCUCCAGUGACCUAACGCUCUCAGGUGGCGAGGAGGCGUCAGAGGCGGAGCUGGAGAUGGACCGGAACCUUCAGAGCAGCGCGAGCAACAGCGCCAGACUCUCGAACGGGCGGCGGCACAUCGAGGAGAUGGAGAACGUGAGGAGCCACAUACAGACCAUGCUGAGAUCAUCACCCAGAUCUACCGAUACGAGCGAGCUUCUUCAGCCUCCGUCACAUCAUGAACGGGACGUCUCGUACCACAGCGACGCCACCUCUCACCUGCUCAGUGGGGUGGAGGAGUUGUUCCCGCGCUAUUCUCGACUACGAACGGAUUUUGAAUCUGCCCACUCGGGUUCCAUCUCAGAGCUGCAGGUGAUCAGAGAAAGUCUGGACAGAGAGAGAACCCGACGCAAGCACUCUGAGCAGCAGCUGUUAGCUCUGCAGAGUAAAACGUUAGAACUGCAGCAGCAGCUAGCGCUGGCCGUGUCCGCGGACCGUAAGAAGGACAUCAUGAUCGAGCAGCUGGACAAGACGCUGGAGAAGGUGGUGGAGGGGUGGCGUCGGCACGAGCGAGAGAAGAGCGAUGGCGUGAGGAGGCUGCAGGAGGAGAAGGAGGCGGCGGAGAGAGCGCAGGAAAAACAGAGCCAGGCUCUGGUGGUGUUUGAGAAGAGUCUCUCCGAAGCUGCAGAAACUCUGGACAAAGAACAGAAACGCAACGAAGAGCUCUACAGCACCAACAAGCACCUGGAGAGUGAGGUAGCCGAGCUGCGUGAUACUAUAGAGGACCUACGGCGGGGGGCGGAGCGGCUGCGUGGCGAGGCCGACGAGGAGAAGGCCGAGGCCGAGCGGCUCCGGGUCCACUCUCAGGAUUUGAAGACCCAACUGGAGCAACAGAACCAACAGGCCAAACACACACACGCACACCUGCAGCAGGAGAUGGCACAACUCGCCCAGCAGCUCGAGAGAGAGAAGGAGCGAGUGGAUCAGGAGGUGCAGCAGCGUGAGGAGGUUCAUUCCAGACUGCAGCAGUUGGAGAAGGAACUAGAGGAGACUCAAAGAGAGAGAGAUACAGCCAGAGUGGAUCGAGCACUGGAUCAGGCUCGGUUUGAAGCGCAGCGCUCUCAGUGGGAGGUGGAGCUCAGACUGUCUGUAGAGCAACAGGUCACCCAGCGACUGGCCUCCAUACAGGAGGAGAACGCCAACACCACCGCCAAACUCCGAGAGCAGCAGCGGAAGCAGUUGCUGGAUCUGAGCGCUCGUCAUGAGCGUGAGCUGUCUGCGCAGACUGACGAGUUUAGAGCGCAGCUGCAGGACAGAGACGAGAGACAGCACCAGCUCACACUCCACCUCAACAACAAGAUAGCACAGUUACAGGAAGAACUGGUUUGUAUGGAGACCAGUAAGCGAAAGCUGGAGACACAGAGGGAGGAGCUAGUGUCUCGCCUACAGGGAAUGAUGCGCUCCCAUUGGGCGGAGGCUUUAAGACUGCUGACCAGUCAGGAGCAGACUAAAGGACCGUUCUCUCCCUUGUCUCUGUGGGAAACUUCUAAACCUCAAUCAUCUCCACAAGCUCCAGAUACCAUCAGCUCUGCACACACACUAACUACAGCUGCACCUCAGGCCGUGGUUCUUCACCUGUCCAGGGACAAAGACAGGGAGACGAGAGGACCGGGGGACAGCAGAGGAGACGUGGGACAGGUGGAGUUCAGCCUGCUAAAUCACAGUCACACAUUCACUCCUCUGGAACCAGUGCUGGACGAUACACAUCUCACAGUUGUGGGAAGAAGUGACGUCAGUGAUGUUUGGGAAAGACCCUCGAGAGGAGGUGCAGGGGAAAGACUAAGGGUGGAACGAGGAGGUGAGGGCAGGAGAGAGAGAACGGAGGGAGAGAUCAGUUCGGCUCGGAGAACGUCUCACCUGGAGGAGAACCUGACUGUGAACUCCACUCACCUCCACACUCACACCCCAUACGGUCACGCCGACCCCGGAACCAACAGACGAGUGAAUCUGAAACCCACUCUCCGACAGAAUCGGGUUCACUCCUCUGCAGAAGUACGGCCCAGGGUUCAGGGUGGAGGUUUAGAAAAGGAGGCAGCGAGAUGUGACGUAUCGCCGGAGACGUACGGCAGUUCAGGAACCAAAGUGCCGCUCGGAGAAGAACCGUUCCUGUCAAUCAAAGAGAAAGCUCCUCCCACUGCGUCCAGCGCCUCGUCCCUGUGCGAGGAGAGGCAGAGUGAACUGCAGUACUACAUUACAAAGUUGCUGGACCGGUCUCCUGGUGACCCCCUGGAGGAGCAGGAGGUGGAUCAGAGCGGGAACAGAGCCGAAACACUCUCGGGUGUGCGAGACACAACCAUAAGCACUAAGAAACUUUUAGUGUUUCCAAUCCCCGAUUCAACUCUUAACUGUGUGUGUGUGUGUGUGUGUGUGUGUGUGUGUGUGUUAGGUGUGAGUUCUCAGGCUGAGCCGAAGCUGGAGCAGCUUGCUGACCUCCUUCGUCUGACGUUGCCUCCUGGACACACCACCCAACAGUUCCAACAGCUCCUGGAUGCUCUCCUCAGGUCAGGGGAGGCCGGUGCUGAUCCACUCAGAGCGAAUCUGGACAGCAGACUAGCACAGCACGAGAAGAGAGAGCAGCGGCCCACUGCACCCCGCACCUCACAAAGCACCACGUCACGGGGGCGUCGACAUGGACCCCAGGGUCAAAGGUCGGGACCGAAAAUCAACGCCUGGAGAUGAGGACGGAACAUUCGCAAUCCUAUAAUCACUAAUUUAUUUAAAUGUAAUAUUAAUCGAUGACAUUUGUACUUUUUAGAGUGUUGAAUUAAAGUGUUUUUUUUAA